AUGUAUUUCAUCGCACCCUCCGUCUGCACUUUUCUAGUGGGCUUGGGGAUCUUGGCCUCGUGUGCUGGUACUGGCGGUCCUGUUGGUGCCGGUGCUGGCGGUGCUGGUGCCGCUGAUGCGGGUGCGAACGCGUCUGGUGGUGGGACAGGCCCACAGGACCUAGUGGCCUCUUCCGGCCGCGAACUCUACAGGAGUCUCCAGGCGGGAGCAUCGGACUCCCAUAAGAAGUCGUUCAGUUCCUACAACGUCACCACGUCCCACUCUCGUGCCAGUUUGGUUUCGGCUUACACUGAUUCGCCCGUCACCGUCUCGUCGGAGUUGUUUGACAUCGCGUCCAACGCGUCCAGAUCAGAAGCGAUCCCCGUCGCGAACCGUCCCCCGUGCGGCCGAUGGACGGCGUGUCAAAGAAGUACUUGUCCAUCGCCUUCGAAUGUGUAGGGUUUACCCAUUUGCGCGAAGAGUUGUCGCUUCGUAUACUCUGCUCUGCCGUGGCCGUCAUCGACACUGCGGAACUCGACUUGCGCGGGCUCGAUCGAUUGAAAGCAUCGUCAACGCCUGCAAUGCCUAAUAAGCCGAAGCCAUCGCGUGCUUGUCUUGUUCGUCCGGGUUGA